GAGGCAGCACUCCCCCGGGCAUCAGCGCCCCCACGGUGACCAGCAUCCCCUCCCCCAUCAGUGUAAAUGGUUUUACUGGCCUCCCGCCCCCCCAGGCCAACGGGCAGCCACCAGCAGAAGCUGUUUUCACCAACGGGAUACAUCAUUACCCCGUGUUGCAGGAGGUGGUUUUUAGGGAGGACUCAGAGAAAAACGGCUUGGGCGUGGCUCCGCGGAGUUGUUUUGGGGUUCAGGGUGGCUGCUUCCUCUCCUCUCUCUCUGAAGCAGCUCAAAGUCCCACUGCAGCUGAUCCUCUCCAGCAGGCUUACACAGGAGUCCAGCAGUACGCAGCAGCCUAUCCCGCUGCAUACGGUCAUAUCAGCCAAGCCUUCCCCCAUCCUCCACCCAUCAUUCCCCAGCAGCAACGAGAAGGACCGGAAGGUUGCAACCUGUUCAUCUACCACCUUCCUCAGGAGUUUGGGGAUGGCGAGCUGAUGCAGAUGUUCCUGCCUUUCGGUAAUGUCAUCUCCUCCAAAGUGUUUGUGGAUCGGGCGACAAACCAAAGUAAAUGCUUUGGGUUUGUUAGCUUCGACAACCCAGGUAGCGCCCAAGCUGCCAUCCAAUCCAUGAACGGCUUCCAGAUCGGCAUGAAAAGACUGAAGGUUCAGCUCAAAAGGCCAAAGGAUGCCAACCGCCCCUACUAGCCACCGCCCUAGACAGCCGCUGCCAUUGUGGCGGGCAGGGCAGCCAUCGUGCACAGAGGAAGACAGGAUUUGUUGAGCUGAAGAACGCGUUGACCACUUGCCACCCACCACCGAGUGCAAACGCAACAUCUGGACCACCGGGGCUACUUUGGAGGAUAGGAGCAUUGGACAAGUCACGGACAUCUCCUUUUUGGAUGUACUUAAACUAUGGAACUCAGAGAGAGGAUUUGUACCGGCCUGGUUAACACCAGGACUUAUUUUCUCCUGCACACACAUUACACACCUCUUCCACCAUAAAACCCUGCUUGAAUGACGACUACCUUGUCCGGACCACAAACACUUUUACUUGAACUCUGAGAAAGUGGGGAAAACAUUGAAAAUAAUAUAUCAAACUUGUUCACAAUGACCAACCCCACUGAACUAUGGAUGGGAAAAGUCCAAGAGGAAAACAAAAACACACACAAAAAAACUUUUUUUAAAAUAACAGAAUAGUGGAUUGCCGUAGGAGAUCUUUCUGCGAGAUCGUUCGAGGUUUUUGGACAACUGACUUUUGAAGAUCAAUUUUUAAGACUUGAAACAAGGAGGUACAAGUUCUCAGAGGGAGAACACAAGUAUGUGACAUUUUUCAGGACACAACAUGGCUUAGACUUGGGAUGGCCAUCUUCAGCUCGGAGUGCCUGUUUGUUUCCAGGGGAUGCCGUUGCAACGGGAUUCCAGGGAGUCUUAUCUGUCAUUCCUUAGUUGUUUUAGGGACCAAAAGACCAAACAUUUUUAUUGCUGAGGACUUGUAGCUCUAAUAUACUCGGACCACUGCAUCUCCUUCAGCCAGUGUAAACUGCUCGGAGAGUUGCACUUAAAAACAAAUGUACAUUUCGAAUAUAUACAAAACAUGUAUAUAUACAUAUAUAUUGCUGAUAUGCUUUUUUGAAUACAGGCAAAACUAUUUCAGAUGACCAAAAAUGGUCACACACUUCUCUAGUUUACAAUUACUUAAAAUGCUUUUUUUGUUGUUAUUUUUUUCCCCACCACCUUUUCAUUUUGUCUCGAGAGGGACGGCGAGUGCAUGGGAGGGGCUGCUCCGUAUCACAGCCUUAUCUUUUUUAAAUUGACAUCUUAACCUCAUAGAUAGAAAAAAAAACAUCAGAAACAUUUGAAUAUAUGAACUUGUUUAUAUUUGCAGUACAGAUAUAUGUAUAACAAGCAUUCAAGCAAAUGUAUUCAUAUAUACAGCAUAUAUGGAUAAUAGCUAUUAAUCACAAAUAUAUGUAUUUAUAUACACA